GCUCUGCCCUCUCUCAUGGCCACCAUUCAGAAUUCAGAGCAUCUUGUAGUAGCAAGAUGACAGUCGACGAGGACUCUACUAAUCAGGAGGAAACAAACAGUACCGGUAUUAGCUUUUCCUUACCUUCCCGUCUCUUUCAACAACAUGGCAACAAGACGAUACUCCACUGCAUCGACUGUCAUGCCGGUGGAGAACCCGCUCGAGUGGUCCUUUCCGGUGUCAACAGCAUUCCUCCUCAGUACGAAACGGCCUUGCAAAAACGAAACUACAUGAUGGAACAUCUCGAUCAUUUCCGCAAACUUCUGCUCCUCGAACCACGCGGAUAUCCUUGUCAAAACGUCAAUUUUGUCUUUGCUCCAAGCAAUAAUGGCAACAAUUACCAAUACGUCAUUGGAGAACAAAACAAAAUUUAUCCACUCAUGUCGGGACACAAUACCAUUUGUGUCGCCACGGCACUCCUCGAAUGUGGAGUCAUUCCCAUGAUAUCGCCUAGUACACAAUUCACACUGGAAGCACCGGCAGGACCCAUUAAUAUUACUGCACGCUGUCACGACCAAAAGGUCACCUCCAUUACGUUACAAAAUGCUCCUUCCUUUGUCGAAAAGCUCAAUGUCACAGUCCAAGUUCCACAUGGAGUGGGGGACGUACAAUGCGAUAUUGCCUAUGGUGGCAUGUGGUAUGCCGUGGUCAAUCUAUCCAAUAAUGCUUCUUUGAAGCAUUUAAAAUUGCAUCCGGACAAUGCGGCCGAACUGUGCCGGGUCGGUGAAAUGAUCAAGGUGGCAUGCCGAGAGCAACAUCCCGUCCAGCAUCCGACCGUGGAUUAUCCCGGAGUCGACAUUUUGGUCUUUCGAGAAACUCCAACUACUACAAUAGCACGCAACACGGUCGUCAUGAGCAACACGGUACUCGACUGGGACAAACCGGAAACCUGGACGGCCAUGUUGGAUCGUAGUCCGUGUGGGACAGGCACGUGUGCCGUCAUGGCGGUCCUGCAUGCCAGAGGAGAACUACAAGUAGGAGAACCGUUUGUGCACGAGAGCAUUGUGGGGACACAAUUUGUGGGGACCAUUGUCCAGGGCACCACAGUCAGCAGCGAGGAGGAUCAUCGACCUGCCAUUAUUCCUCAAGUGGAAGGAUCGGCUUAUAUUACGCAGUAUUCACAAGUGGUGUUAGAUCCCGAGGAUCCAUUCCCAGAAGGAUACCGAGUAGCGGAUAUAUGGUGAUGCUGACCAUGCAGGACGCAUGAAAGAUACUGUACCGCCAAUGUACGUGCUCUAGUAGCUGCUGGCCAUGCAGUGUUCGGACUUCAAACCCGGGGAGCUUGAAGAAAGCGAGGCGACAUAAUAUUGCAAAUGGGAGAGACAGAUGAUGAUGACAAUGCUUAAUAGCUAGAGGCGCGCCACCCACCCGCAGCCAAAUUCAUGUGUGAUACCGUAUCAAGCCUCAAGCAGAUACUGGUAGCUUGUAAGCUGUGGAAAAGUAGUACAUUACCGGUACCACUGCCUCAAAUAUUUCAAAAGCAGGGUGCUUUCUGUUACCAGGAAAAAGACACCUUGCCAGUUGUGUUGUGUUGUGUUGUGUUGUGUGAUAGAGAAUUGUUGUGUGACAAAGUUCAGAUACUGUACAUAAUAAUUCAGCUCAGAUGACGAAAACUGUUGCAAUACCUGAAUAGAUUGAUUCAUAUAACAACAAUACACCAAUCAGUUCGCUGGCUGCUUGGAAUCUAGAGAUGGAACUACGGUACGGUAGGGCUGUGUGUACUCAGAAAUUCCGGAAUUCACAAGGAUCCUGUUCCCAUUGUUUCAAAAUGACUUGACAGAAGUACUCCUUUUGCGACACGUACACUCCCGGUGCCUCCAAAAAGUACUCCCGAAUCCACGUGGCUGCCAGUUUUCCCUGUCUCACAAGUAUCUGGCGAAUGGACUCAUAUCGUGGUUGGCAAAUAUCGAUUUUUUGUGCCGCCACUUGUUGGGCGACCGUUUGAUUCUUGCGAUGAUGAAAUCCUGGUUUGAUUUUGAUCAUUUCGGGAAGUGAAUCGUCCAGUCGUAGAAAUUUUUGCAAGUCAUGUCGGAAUUGGAGAUUGCUGUGUUGGUGUUGGUGCAGGUGUAAUAAUAAGGAUGAAUGGUUGUUGUUUUGGAGCAAUUCUUGAUCGGUUUGGAGUUGCGAAACAUCCCACAAAAAGACGCGUCCUUGCCAGGGAAUCGGUUGAAUCAUUUUGUGAUAUUCGGGUGGAAUCAGUGCCUUUUCUGCUGAAUUGGAGAGUAUAUUGGUUUUUCCCAGAUUGGUGAGGAACAAGUGAAAAUUGCCUCGAAAGGUACACAAUCCUUGAUGUCGUCGGGCACAUCGUCCGGUCAGGGUUUCAGCGGGUGGCAUGGAAAAGUAAUUGUUGACUCUGAAAUUGUAAAAUGAUUCAAACCACAAUACAGGAUGUCGUAGACCCACCAAAAAGUCGGUCUUUGGAAAAUAGGUUUGAUAAUUGUGCAGUGCCAAAUUGGAUUCCAAAUCUC